AUGCAAUCCGUGGAAUCUUCUGUUUGCUCAGCUUCUUUUGAUUGCGACGACCUGGUCAUUGAGCAUGGUUCGAUUCGACCCGCGGACUUAUUCGACCAUGAUACCAAGCUGCCACACUUCAUUUUCACUCCGACUGGUUCCACAAUCUGCGCUUACUCUCCUAAUCGUCUCCAUUGUCAGUUCGCUAACGGCAAACAGUUUUCAUGGACGCCAUCCAACGUCAAUGCCUUCUUCUCCUCAUUGGAAAACUGGCCACUCGAUGCUCCUCAGUCCUGGAUAAUCGCAGAGGCCACUUUUCUACCAUCUACUUCAUUUAUUGUUGUUCUCUUCGUACCUUCGCAGAACCUUAGGCCCAUAAGGUCUCUUCUUUGCCUUCUAAAUCUCAGCGAUGAAAAGUCAGCCACGUUCACCCGAGUCAUCUCUCUUCGUGGAAGGGCUGAAGCUAUUCAUGCAAUUGCCGUGGAUCGCGAAUCUAUUUCUCCUUUCGAUGGCAUCGUUGCUGUUGCUUUUGAGCGCGGUCUUUUGGCUUUAGUGGCAUCUCAAAGCUCUUUGAACACUUUUCACUACCUGACACCUCGUGGUGAAUCUAUUGCCAAGCUUCCAUCCUCCUCCGUGAGAAUCACCCUUUUGCAGUACGUCCCACAGAUCAAAAGUCUCGUCGUUGGAUUCAAUUUUGGCGGCUGGGAGAUGUGGAGCUUGACAAAACUCCAGCUUAUGUGA